AUUUAAAUGACUUUUUUUUUGUUUACAAAAUACAACACAAAAGUACAAUAUGUCAAGUUCUAUUAAUUCUUAUUUUUUAAAUUAAAAAAGAGUUUUAAUUCUUUCUAUACUAUACUGUAUAUUUCUAUUUUUCUCGUCGUAGAAUUAAUGUAAGAGUGUAAUGUAAAUAAUAGUGUAAAUAUUGUGUCGAUAAUAAAAUAGUUUCAAAAAUAAGUUGAUAUUUGGAAAAAAUUAAAUUUUAUAUUUGAUUUUUAAUAUAAAGAAAAACAAAAUUAACAAGCAGCAAAAAUGAAAAUAUUUUCCGACAAAGUAUUUCUUCUUAUUACGGGAGCAAGUCAAGGAAUUGGUGAACAAAUUGCAAAAUCUUUUGCCCCCUUAUUACCAGCCGAAUCACAAGUUUUACUUCUGGCAAGAAAUGGAGAAAGUUUAAAUCGAGUGAAACAAGAAUUGCCGAAUAAUUUAAUGGUAAAUACUGUCAGUGUUGAUCUUUCAUGUGCAUCAGCUGAAAAUUUAACUGAAAUUUUCCGCAAUUCUGUAAAAGAAGAAAAUAUUUCACAGUUUAGCGAAGCUGUUAUUAUACACAAUGCCGGUUCUCUGGGAAAUAUAAGUCAAAAAACUCUUGACAUGUUGGAUUUUGACGUGUGGCGAAAAUACUAUGAUUUAAAUGUAUUUUCUCCGUCAGUGCUGAAUAAUGUUUUUGUCAAAUUUUUCAAUGGACGUGUGAAAAAGAAGAUUUUCGUCAUUAACAUAACUUCGCUUUGUGCACUGGAACCGAUGAAAUCAAUGGGUUAUUAUUGUUCCGGAAAAGCAGCUAGAGAAAUGUUCUUUAAGGUAUUCGCUAAAGAAAAUCCAGACAUAAACGUACUGAAUUAUUCACCAGGUCCCGUAAAAACUGACAUGUUCCAUGACGUGUGUAAAAAUGUCGGCGAUUUUGAAGUGAAGGAAUCAUUUAAUGAAUUAAAUGUCAAAAAUACAGUUUUAACCACUUUGCAAACAGUGAAUCGUCUUCUAAAAGUUCUCGAGGAACAAAAAUACGUUUCCGGCGAUCACAUCGAUUAUUACGAUUCUCUAUAAAAUUUUACUUGCUUUUUGUAAAUUUUAUUUGAACAAGAGAUAUUUUCAGGGUUGACAAAAAAUUUGG